GUUCCCGGAACCUUCACCUACAGCCCAGAAGCCCCUUAUUGAUCUCAGGUUGUUUCAGUUUCGUUGAUUUUCUCAGAGAUUUGAUAUAUUGAAAAGUGAACUAUACAGGAGAUUUACAUGGGAAACAACAACGCAACCAGCAAUUUAACAGAAGAGUGCUCAAAGCUAGCAACCAAUGGGAUGCUUACGUUGGUGUCUGUUCCCCUGAAGACCACGCAAGACCAUGUGUUUCUUGCAGGUGAAGGAAAAUAUGGAGAUAAACAGAACGAGAGCUUUUCUGAUGGAAAUAUAGAUAAAGAGACUCCAGAAACAGAAACAGGAAGCAAGGAAAUAGCUGAGAUGCGAUCUCCCAGCUUUAGUAAUGACCUAAGAGUCGAAGAAAGAAGAGAUAAAUCAAUGGAGAAGACUCAAUUACUGUCUCAAGACAAGGCAACACUCGAUGUGGAAGUGGAAACUGUGAUGCUAAAGAGAAGUGAGACUGAGAAGAGAAGAGGCUUUGAGCUGUCUCUGGGGUUGUCCAUGAAACCCACUCGGAGAUCUGACACAGAUAAUAGCUUCAAAGAAACAAAGGGCUCAGAAGAUAACUUGGUGGACAAGAAAUCUAACACGUCUGAGUCUCUGCUUAUUUCUAGUGUAGGAAGCAGCAAAGCGCAAGAAACAACUAAAGUAAAUGAUGACCUAAGAACUAAAGAAAGAAUCAAUGAAUCAACAGAGCAUAUUCUGUUACUAUGUCAAGACAAGAUAGAGGCGACGAUCAAUGUGGAAAAGAAAACUGUGAUGCUGAAGAGAAGUGAGUCUGAGAAAACAAAAGGCUUUGAGUUGUCUCUAGGUUUGUCUAUGAAACCCGGGGAGAGAUCCGAAGCGGAAGAUAGCCCAAACAUCAAGGAAACCAAAGACUCAGGAGACAACUUGCUGGAAAAGAAAGCUUGUAUGAAAGGCAGAGUCGGAAAACGGAGCAAAUAUUCUCUCUUUGGAAGUUGCCUCUGCUUUGCCACUGCCAUGAAUUGAACAGAUUUGCAAGGUAAAGUGUGGAUGAAUUUUCUGUUUGUGGGGAUUUGCAUCAUGUGCAAAUUAAUAAUUUUACAAACAAAAGUAUUGUUUUAUUCAAAGAUAGUAAUUAUGUUUACAUUCUGGCU